AUGGCUAGCAAAACCGGUCGACCGGCUAUGGUCGAAGAAUUUGAUGAAAAACUGCGCAUCAUCGUUCCCGACAGUCAGCAGGUGGCUAAUACCUGUGCCAAAGUUUCCAACAGGUUGGAUCAUAGACACCCGGAGCCGCUGAUCGACGGCGCAAGUGACUCAGGCUAUUCUAGUCGUACCGCCGCCACCGUCAACAGCACCCAAUCUGGACCGUCGGGCGGAAGAAGCCCUCCAGCCCCUCUCACCGAUCUGCCCAAACAUCGACCCGCCGACCUCACCAGGAAGUCUAGCCGCAGAGACCGACGAGACAAGGAUCGUGCUGCCCGGCCACUUGAGGACAACAUGCAGAUGGGUCCUUACCCGGGCGCUGCCCAUCCUCACGUGUCUCGGUCGCCGUCCAAGUCAUACCGACGUGACUCUUAUCGUUCCCCUCCAGAAAUCUACUACGAAGAAGGCCCUCGUUAUCACCAGUCUUCUACCCCCGUCGACAAUCGAUCGAUGGACUACCACACACCUUCCCUGAUGAGGCCUCCUAUGCCUGAUUACGCUCCUCAUCUUCCCCCACCUCCGCCCUUAUAUCCCACAGAAGAAUAUCACUCAAGCCGUUCGACUCGUCCUGGUGGUUACCGUCCUCCGAUGUAUUAUCAGGAUCCACGUCCUGGCCCUUUUGCCGUGGGUAUGCCUCGGGGAUAUCCACAGCAACAGUAUCCAUAUGAGCAACAUCAACACCAGCAACCACAACACCAUGGUCCCCCGCCGUCAUCAGUAUGGCAACAAGGCCUCUACUCUUCAUCUCCGUAUGGUGGGGGUGGAGGAGGAGGUGGUGGUGGUGGUCCUUCAUCCUAUGGACAGCAGGAUUAUUUCCCCCAGGAUGCCAUCUAUGGUGGUCACCGUGAGCGGUCUGAAUCCCGUCCUCGGGAGCCGUCUCGGGCCCGCCGUAGUUCGAUGUAUGGUCACCCGCCGCCACCACCCGUGGAUCAAUACGAGGAUUACUCUCCGGAAUUUGAGGACAACUACGAAGACUACUAUAAUCCGGAUCCUCGAGAACUAGCCCGGGAGAAACACCAUGCCAUGAAGCAAAUGCAGAUUCCAGACCGCGAGGAAAGUGCCAGGCGUCAGAUGCCACCUCCCUCCCUUCCGGGUUCCAGGCAGAAAGCAGCCCCGCAGAUCCAUCAGGCAAGACGACCGGAACGGAGAUCCCAAUCCGUAGCUCCUUCUCGCCGUCACUCCAAGAUCCCAGUACAUGAUGAUCUAAUAGAUGACUUCGAGGACCUUGAACUGGAGCCUCCCAGUCACCGCCGUUCAUCCCGGGAUGUAUCCACACCUGAUUCAAGAGAUAGUCUUCGUGGGAGCCGAAGAUACCAUGGCGGCUCCAGAAGUGGUGGCCAGGUGGCUGUCGCAAAUUCUAUUCGUCGGAGCAAGCACGAAGAUUACUAUCAUGACAGCCAGGGCAGCAGCCUUGACAUGGAGAACCAAGCAGCGGAAGCUGAACAGUACCAAGAGCAGAUUUCCGGGCGUGCUCAGUUACCUCCAUCUGAGGAAACGAUGAUGCCCAAGUCUCGCAACGGUGCUGGCAGUGACGUUAGCAGCCGAAAGAGUGGAUCGAACGGCAGCCGGGCGAGUGCGACAAAGACCGAGAAAGAGAAAGAAAAACAAGCCAUGACCCUGUCCCUGAAUGGAAUGACUUUGAACUUCGACAACGACGGGUUUCAGGGGAAGGCCAUCAGUAUUCGUACGGGAGACCGAGGGUCUACCCAGUUGAAUAUUACUGAUGGAUCUACCCCUGCUCCGGCUCCGGCCCCCGCCCCCAAGCGAUCUUCAAAGUCAUAUGUGGGCGCAGGGUCAUCCUACUCUGAUAAUACGGGCGCUAGUAGUCGUCGACGGGCACUGGAGGAUAUUCAACGUCAUCGCGACCGCGAAGAGCGACGGUUGGAGAAAACCGCACACAGGACUAGCCGUUCAGGCAGGUCCUCGUACGGUGGAACCCGAUACCAUUGA